GCCAUAAAUUGAUGUUUUGCCCUUAAUUAAUUGAUUACAGUAUGAUUAAAAAGGUAUAACUAACAUAAAUAAAUACCCUUCAAGAACCAACCAAUCUCUCAUUCUUUCGUCACCCACCUUCUUCACUCUCUGUUAUUUUCACAAACCAGAAAAAUUCAAGUACAGAGAAAUGAUCCUUCUCUCACUUCUUCUCCAUCUUCUUCUUCAUCUCCUCAACACUUCUCCUUCUCUUUCUCUUUCCCCCGACGGUAUCGCUUUACUCUCACUCAAAUCCGCCGUCGAUCACUCCUCCUCCUCCGCUUUCUCCGAUUGGAACGAUAACGACACCGAUCCUUGUCAUUGGUCCGGAAUCUCCUGUAUGAACAUCUCAGACUCUUCUACCUCUCGCGUCGUUGGAAUUUCCCUCGCCGGAAAACAUCUCCGUGGCUACAUCCCCUCAGAGCUUGGCUCACUUAUUUACCUCCGUCGUCUUAACCUCCACAACAACGAACUUUACGGUUCAAUUCCUACUCAAUUAUUCAACGCGACGUCGCUUCAUAGUAUCUUCUUAUACGGUAACAAUCUCUCCGGUACUCUUCCUCCUUCGAUCUGUAAACUCCCAAAGCUUCAGAAUCUCGAUUUGUCUAUGAAUUCGCUCUCUGGAACUCUUUCACCGGAUCUCAACAAGUGUAAACAGCUUCAACGGUUGAUCCUCUCCGCUAACAACUUUUCCGGUGAGAUUCCUGGUGAUAUCUGGCCGGAAUUGACUAAUUUAGCUCAGCUUGAUCUCUCUGCUAACGAAUUUUCCGGCGAAAUCCCUAAGGAUAUCGGAGAGCUUAAGUCUCUCUCUGGUACUUUGAAUCUCUCCUUUAACCAUUUAUCCGGCCAAAUCCCUAAUUCCUUAGGAAAUCUACCGGUGACAGUCUCUCUUGAUCUCCGGAACAACGAUUUCUCCGGCGAGAUUCCUCAAUCUGGUUCGUUCUCUAACCAGGGGCCAACCGCAUUUCUCAAUAAUCCGAAACUGUGUGGUUUCCCUCUCCAGAAAACUUGUAAAGACACUGAUGAGAACUCUCCGGGGACUCGAAAGUCGCCCGAGAAUAAUGCGGAUUCUAGAAGAGGGUUAAGUACUGGAUUAAUAGUGUUGAUCUCGGUGGCAGAUGCAGCAAGUGUAGCUUUUAUUGGUUUAGUGUUAGUUUACUUGUACUGGAAGAAAAAAGACUCUGAGGGAGGGUGUAGCUGCACAGGGAAUGCGAAACUCGGUGGUGGUUCGGUGAAGGGGAAAUCGUGUUGUUGUAUCACGGGGUUUCCGAAAGAGGAUGAUUCGGAAGCGGAAGGUAAUGAGAGAGGAGAAGGGAAAGGAGAUGGAGAGCUUGUAGCGAUUGAUAAAGGGUUUUCUUUUGAGCUUGAUGAGUUGUUGAGAGCUUCUGCAUAUGUUUUGGGGAAGAGUGGGUUAGGGAUAGUGUAUAAAGUGGUGUUAGGGAAUGGAGUUCCGGUGGCGGUGCGGCGACUUGGGGAAGGAGGGGAACAGAGGUAUAAAGAGUUUGUUACGGAGGUUCAAGCUAUGGGGAAAGUGAAACAUCCUAAUGUGGUGAAGUUAAGAGCUUAUUAUUGGGCUCCUGAUGAGAAGCUUUUGAUUAGUGACUUCGUUAACAAUGGAAGUUUAGCUGAUGCUCUUAGAGGGAGGAAUGGUCAACCAUCACCGAGCUUAACAUGGUCAACGCGUAUAAAGAUCGCAAAAGGAGCUGCGCGUGGGUUAGCUUAUCUACACGAGUGUAGUCCAAGGAAGUUGGUACAUGGCGACGUUAAGCCUUCCAACAUUCUUCUUGAUUCCUCCUUCACUCCUUACAUCUCUGACUUCGGUCUCACACGUCUCAUCACCAUCACUGCCGCUUCUGCCUCUUCUAACGAACCUUCCUCCUCCUCUGCUGCGGGUGGUUUCUUAGGUGGAGCUCUUCCUUACACUUCCAUCAAACCCUCAGAUAGAUCCAACGGCUAUAAAGCCCCCGAGGCCCGGCUCCCUGGAGGGAGGCCUACUCAGAAAUGGGACGUAUACUCCUUCGGUGUUGUGCUUAUGGAGCUUCUCACCGGGAAAUCGCCGGAUUCUUCUCCGUUAAGCUCUUCCUCGACGUCUACGGUGGUUGUUGAGGUGCCGGAUUUGGUGAAGUGGGUGAGGAAAGGGUUUGAAGAGGAGACUCCAUUGUCGGACAUGGUUGAUCCAAUGUUACUUCAAGAAGUUCACGCCAAGCAACAAGUCUUGUCCGUUUUUCAUCUAGCUCUCGCUUGUACCGAAGGUGACCCUGAAGUCCGUCCACGUAUGAAGAACGUCUCUGAGAACAUCGACAAAAUCUGAUUCAAUUAUUAUAUUCUUUUUUCUUUAAUUUUUCCUAUUAUAUUUUUGUAUCUCCGAUAGUUCUUACACGAGGUCGUUACGUCACUCCCACGUCUGGGACUAGUGGUCGAUUUGUUUUUAUUGAAUAAUUAUUUGUUAUGAAAAUUGAAUCAAAUGAGUUAUACUUUAGGC